AUGCUUAGCCUAGAGGAUGCUACGAUGCUGGCCGAUUUUGCGAAUGAAGAGAUCAGGCAGCCAAGCUCUAGAAAAAUCAUAGAUCAAUCGCGUACCAUAUACCAAAGUCGAAGUUUUCGCCGACCGUCAAGAGGGAAGAGCUUCGGUCUUCCAAUCCUUUGUGAUUUUGGCGAGGCCAGAAUCGGGAAAAUACAUGAGUCCGGGCCUUUCGUACAGCCGAAUAUAUACCGAGCACCGGAAAUCAUAUUCGAGAUGGCAUGGGGGAGUGCUAUUGAUAUCUGGAAUUUGGGUGCUUUAAUUUGGGAUCUCUUUGAAGGAAGACAUUUGUUUGGGAAUAUUUUCGAUAAGAAUGGCAAUCAUGAUCCUUUCAAACACCUUGCAUUGAUGGUCGCUUUGAUUGGGCCCCCGCCGGCCAAUUUUGUGCAGCGCAGUGAGACUACGGGGCAGUGCUUCGAUCGCAAUGGUACCUGGAUUGCUCAUGAAGACGCGCUUGUACCGCAGGAAUCUUUAGAAAGUCUAGAAAAGCGACUAUCUGGCGGUGAAAGGGAAUCUUUUCUUCGAUUUCUUAGAUCUAUGCUUAAAUGGCUACCAGAAGACCGCAAGACCGCAAGACAGCUCCUUGAUGAUCCAUGGCUGCUUUGA